GACUUAAAUCAGCCGGACGGCUCGGUGCUCUGGCUGCAGGUCCAAGGUUGCUCCGAUAAUGAAUGUGUAGCAACAUUUCAGGCCACAGUGCACAUUAAACCAGAAACGCGCUGAAAGGAAAGACUUUCUGCCGAGCGUUCACCCGGAACCUUCUCUUGUGACGCAUAAUUCCACACGGAACGUUUUGAUCGUUGCUCCCGCGAGCUGUCAAGUCAACAGAAGUAGCUCCCAUCGUACCAUUGAGGAUGGCUCAGACAGACAGCAAGGUUCUGGUUCUGGGAGCGCUGGCCGGAGUGGCCGGCAUCAGCCUGGCUGUGGUGUGUUACCGCGGCUUAAGAUCCAAGCGAAGAGUCUCCUGGCCGGGAUACUACCAGAACGGCACCAACGACCCGGGAUCCGGCCUGAUGCUGGUGGACGGCCCUGUUCUGCCCAGGGGUCAGGCCGAGGUGCUGGAGCGCCUGGAGGCCCUGAUCCAGUGUGUGUCUGAGCUGAAGGAAGAGAUGAAGGCGCUGAAGACGGCGCUUCCCGCCCUGCCGGACCAAGUCAGGGAGGAGCUGAAGGGCCACAGCGAGGCACGGCGAGUCGGCGCCCAGCACAGGACGGCAGCGGCGAGGAGGAAAAGAGCAGCGGGCGCCGCCAGCAGCCCAGAGGGACAGAGCUCAGAGGACGCAGAGAGCGAGGGAGGGUACAUGACGGCGCUGACAGACUCCGAGGAUGAAGAGCAAAGCGAUGAAGAGCAAACUCCAGACAAGCUAUCCAUCCUCCUCGACAGAAUCGACCGCUUGCGUCAGGGCGGCGAGUCGGACAAAAGGGAAAGCCUGAGCGUCCUUCUGGAGCAGAGAGACGAGUUUGGGCAGAACUCAGAGUUUCUGUGGCGGCUAACCCGAGCGUACUGCGACGUUCACGACGUCAGCACCACUCUGGAGGAGAAGAAGACUCAUGCAGAAAACGGUAAAGCGGUUGGUGAAGAGGCCAUUACCGUGAAUCCCAAAUGUGCUGAAAGUCAUCAGUGGUACGCCAUCAUGUGUGGAAUCAUGGCAGAAUACGACUCGAUACAAAACAAGAUAAAGAACGGUUACAUCUUUAAGGAUCACCUGGAUAAAGCCAUCGAGUUGAAGCCGCAGGACCCCCUAUCCUACUACCUGCUGGGUCGCUGGUGCUACGCUGUUGCUCAGUUGUCGUGGAUUGAGAGGAAAGUUGCUGCAACGCUGUUUGGAGAACCUCCGAGCGCCACAGUCGAAGACGCACUGAAGAAUUUCCUGAAGGUUGAAGAGAUUCAUCCUGCGUACUCGAAGCUGAACUAUGUGUUCCUGGCGAAGUGUUAUAAAGCUUUGGGGCAGAGCGAGAAGGCCAGGAAGAUGUGUGAAGCUGCAUCUACCAUGAACACCGUCUCCAAAGAGGAUGAAGAAGCACAGAAGGAGCUGGAUUUACUCUUCCCUACAGUCUGAGUGUGAAAACGCUAAGGAACCAUUCUGAAGUUAUUUAUAA